AUGAAGCUGUUACCUCUCCUUGCCCUCUUACUGCCCUUGCGCAUGGCUUUGGCACAGUAUCCCGUUUUUUUGAUACCCGAAGGAACCGACAAUAAGGUAUAUGAACAGCUCACCCAUGCAUUUCAAGACGCACUCAAGCUUGCGAGGACGGCAGUAGCACUGGCAGAUCCAUGUGAUCCGGCUUUUCGGAGAUACUUUCAACCACAGGAUUUCAUCUUUGUACACAAGGUCUUUAGGGCAGUUGCAAACAUCCCCUUGGACUUGACCAUUGACAGCCAGAAUGUCGAACAUGUGUUGAACACCGGAUCCCUGAACCCUAGGUACAGCCAGCUAAGCAUAGCGUACGGAGACAAUCCCAAGUGGUCGGAGAGAACAUGUGAGAUGCAAUUGCCCGGAGAUGGGAUAUUUGGAUACUUGUAUUUUGCGUCUCCCUUUGGUUACAUGUCUCUCUGUCGAGGAACUUUGUUCGAGCGAUUCUUGACUCUGGAGGACACGUUCAAUCCGCCGCCAUGGGCUAGAGCGAACAACGACCCGAAUGGGCAGCCUUUACCCGGAUGGGGCUGUGAUGGAUUCGGAGACCACGACAAUAGCUACAUGGAGGUGCUUGGUUCCUGGGUUCUACACGAGCUGAUGCAUUUCCAACCGCUGUUUUACGACAUACCGAAUUGGAAGGCCAUCCAGCACACUGGCUGGAUUCGUGACUUCCCCGAUGGCGCCACACCAGGCAUGUCAGGAGGCCCGCCAAACGGAUACGGACCUUACUAUGCACGACUGAUCAAUGCACUUCCUCCAGAUCCUGUCAUGGGACUGUCGCAGUCCGUUGGGAAUGCCGAUAACUAUGCCUGGUAUGCAUUGUCAAAGUAUUGGUCGCUCACAUGUGGUAAACCAUUUGGCCCCUCCAACACACGGGAGGAUAAUGUAAAUUUCUCGAAAAGAAAAGCACCGCCGCAGUAA